AUGUUCACACUAACGUAUCCCAAUCUCACACUAACGUGUGUCAUUCUCACACUAACGUAUGCCAUCCUCACACUUACAUAUGCCAUCCACACACUAACGUAUUACAAUCUAACACUAACGUAUCCCAAUCUCACGCUAACAUAUGCCAUCCUCACACUAACGUAUCUCAGUCUCACACUAACUUAUGCCAUUCUCACACUAACGUAUCUCAGUCCCACACUAACUUAUGCCAUUCUCACACUAACGUAUCUCAGUCUCACACUAAUGUAUGCCAUCCUCACACUAACGUAUCUCAGUCUCACACUAACGUAUGCCAUCCUCACACUAACAUAUCUCAGUCUCACACUAACUUAUGCCAUUCUCACACUAACGUAUACCAUUCUCACACUAACAUAUGCCAUUCUCAUACUAACAUAUCUCAGUCUCACACUAACGUAUGCCAUUCUCACACUAACGUAUCUCAGUCUCACACUAACGUAUGCCAUUCUCACACUAACGUAUCUCAGUCUCACACUAACAUAUGCCAUUCUCAUACUAACAUAUCUCAGUCUCACACUAACGUAUGCCAUUCUCACACUAACGUAUCUCAGUCUCACACUAACUUAUGCCAUUCUCACACUAACGUAUACCAUUCUCACACUAACAUAUGCCAUUCUCAUACUAACGUAUAUCAGUCUCACACUAACGUAUGCCACUCUCACACUAACAUGCCAAUCUUAUACUAACAUAUGCUAUUCUCACACUAACGUAAUCAAUUCUCAUACUAACGUAUCUUAG